AAGAAAAUCAUUGAAGUUCUUUUUUAUACAGAAAAGAAAAUGAAGAAAUUGAAGUUUUCAGGAUUCUGUGCAGACGUUUUAUCAUGACUUGCUUCAAGUAUGCAAUAAAAUGUUUUACCUACCAUAAACUUCAGCUUUGGACGUCUGGAGUGUCAUAGCUGGUAAGCCUCGUCGAAAAAAAACAAUAGUUGGUUUGAUAUCCAAGUCAAAAACUAGAUUAAUAAAAUUAGGUGUAAUUGAACAAAACAAGUGACGAAAGUAAAAUUCUGUGUUAGGGUUACAAAUCUACUUUGAGCAGACCACCCUAACAGCUGAUGAAGUGAACAAAUGAACGACUCGUUCCUCUGCAAAAACUUUUAAACAUUCUUUUAACAGAAGAUGGAAGUACUAAAGGUUUACUGCUUAAUUUUGACUUUAAGUCAAAUGGAAAUAGUGUCAAGUUUGAGGUGUUAUGUAUGCGAUGCAGCUGACAAAGAAAGUUGUCAUGCCAACGGAAGAAUACAAGCAUGUCCAUCAAAUGGAGGUGCUUGCUUAACCAUGACCUAUUGGAAAAAAAUGAUUGCGGGUGGAGAGCAAGUUAUACAAACUGCGUACAAGAAGCAAUGCAUAAUAGUUCCCAGUUGUCAGUUCUUUUGUAAAACCCGCUCCAUCUUGAAGUACAAGGAUUGUAAGGUUGAUUGCUGCGCAAAAGAUUUGUGUAACCUGGCCACAUUUUCCAAAAGAAAGAGUACUGGUCAUUGUUUAGUGGGAAAUAUACUAACUAUCUUGAUUCCAAUUGUAGCAUACGUAGCAUAACAUAGCAACAACAUGACAACAGCAAAUAUAUGCUAUUGAAGGUAGUGCAGAUGGAUCCAACAUACCUACGAAACCAACAAGACAAGCUUGGCUUGUAUAAGACAAUUUUUUGGAUAACAACAAAAAAAGUAGAUGUUUUACAUAAUUUUAUAUACUAACAAAAGAUAAAUAUUCCAAUAUAUUUAUAAUUCACUAAUUAAGUCAUUAACUCAAAGUAAAAAUUAAAACAUUAUGUAUAUCGUUUAUUUUAACACAAUUUCGUUAUAUUAUCUGUUAUUUGUCGGCCUAUUUUGUUACCACGCCGGCAUUUUUAUAGGAUCGUGAUCAACAUAAGCGUACUAACACAACCGUAUAAUCUGACACCAUAAAAUCUUAAAACAAGGAGUUCUUGUGCUGUAUUCAGUAACUUCUUUACUCUUUUUAAUACACGUACUAACAUCGUA